GAUGGGGGGGCCACCCUUUCCUCCCGGGGUGCGCCCCGGACCGAGACGUUCAGUGGGCCAGGGGCACGGCGAACGAAGCGGACGGAUAUCACAAACACGCACAACACAGUGAGCCACCACCACCACUACCACCGCAGCCGGCAACGACGACGACGACGACAACAACAACACAAGACACGGCAGUCAGAUUAUAACACCAAUAGAGGCAUAGACGGUUUGUGUGGUGGUCACAGCGACAGGUUCAAUUCAAAGUUUAUCUUCGGAAACAUUACGACAGCACAUUACGCGCGGCGUGGCUUUUAACGCUCGCUAAAGAACAGUGCUGACUGACUUGACUGUGUAUUACUUCUCGCUACGUGGACGACGGAACGGGGUGUUGACCGAGCAUAGCACGGGACCGAGCUGUUAGUAUUCAAGAAAGAAGAAUAAAUAUUCAUCGUAAAGUGAUUCCGGUCGACUUUUGUUGGGAGUACAGUACGGUGGUUUGUGUGGGUUAUUGACCACUGUAGUAGCCUCAAUGCACCGCGGUGCAAUGUUAACGGACACGCGUGUUUGCCUUACCGCAUUCUGGGAGCUUUAAGAUGCAACAACGCGUUCCGUCCGUUUGCUGAGAGUUUCGUAGCACCUUGCGGAAAAUGACAACGAAGUAAACAAAAUAAAUCAUGUCGGUUACUGCCAAUGACGAGAAACCAGGGGGGAGAAAGCCAAGCCCUCCGAGCAAGGAGAACGGCGAACUUAUCGUACGAGCGGAAUAUGACUACGAGUACACGAACACCAGUGGCCGCGUGGUGACGAUCAAGGAAGGCGAGGAGUUUGAGCUCGUCAAGAAGACCAACGGCGACUGGUGGCAAGUCAGACGUUUCGGAGAACGCAAACCCAUUUACGUACCCGCUCUUUACGUCGUUGCGGCACCGCGAAAGCUCGACGAGGACUCGCGGAGGCUCGCGCGAGAUGACGCGCAAAUCCAGACCAGCGACGGCCCAAAAUGUGGCGAGGAAAAGAAGAGGUCUCACUUCGAGGACAUUCAGAAAAUCAAGGAAGACCUCAGGCUUUCAGAGUCUGCCAAGAGGUCUGCGGAGGAUGUCCGAAAACCCCCGGAGGAGCCGAGGAAUGCGCCGGAUGAGCCAAGGAAAGGGGGCGGCGGCGGCGACACGUUGCCAAGAAAGCUAGGCGACGGCAGCAAAAGGGCGCUGAUGCCACCACAGGUACUCAUGAACCUGAAGCACGUCAUAAACAACAACAAUAACGCCCCGGCAGAGCAGCAGCUGAAGACGACUAGAAGCAAUGACAAACCCGUGGAAGAUGGCCCCAGGAUAAUUUCGGUUGCUGGAGCACCGCCACCCGCCGAUCCAAGCAAACCGCCGUCUCCGAAAUUGCAGUGCGCCUUUGUGGUGAUAGGCCGCGAGAACGUCGAAGGUGUUAAGGGGAAGAGCAACUCCCUUCCGGGGCAUGCGGGAGGAUUUGUACGCCAGUUUGACACCGUCACCCCUGGGAGCAGCAUGGACGAUCUGAGUAGCGGCAGCAAUGCACACCAAACUCCUCCGAGUGGGGACCUACCGCCCAAGGUGAAGAGGCCUGACUCUCCGGUUUAUGCAAAUCUUCAGGACCUAAAGCUAAUGUGUCCCACUACUUCCCUGCCACAGUCCACUGUUGCCGGAGGACAGAUUUCCGGGGAUGGCUGGGAAACACUCUUCGAUGCAAAAUCAUUGAGACACUACUACUACAACCGUAUAACGCGCGAGACCUCCUGGAAGCCGCCACGCAAGCAGGGCCGCGAUCCUAAGUCUGACCAAAAUCGGAUGGUCUCCCCGACGGACGAGCCAUUACCACCACUGCCAAAAGAAGAGAGCAGUGAAGUUGUCUCCGACAGUGGUUACCUACCUGAUUGUUGGGAGCGGUUUUUCGAUGAAAAUGGAGAUGAAUUUUACAUACAUCAGAGGGCAUCGGUCAAGUGGUGGAAGUCCAAGGAUGACACCGGUGAAGUUUACUACUACACUGAGGAUGGGCGAACUGAAUGGGAACUUCCAGAGGAUCCAUCGGGAUCAACCGGUGUCGAGUGGUCACCUGACCAUGAUCUUGCAAACACGGUCCCUGAUCAUAAAGUGUUGCCACCUACCCCACGUGCGAACGAUGCAUCUAGCCACAAGGUUGACCAUGAAACUAAGUUGGGUGGGCACAAGAGAACACCUUCUGAUCACAACUUGUGCAGCAUUUCCGACCUGGCGCUCUCUCUGCCCGCCGGCCUGGAAAAGGCUGGCAUGUUAAACAAAACCAAAAUAACAGAGGGAGGCAAGAAGUUACGGAAGAACUGGACGAAUGUGUGGGUGGUGUUGGUUGGACACGACCUUAUCCUCUACAAGGAUCCCAAGUCCCACACUGGAUGGAAACAAGGUGCAUCGAACAGCAAACCCGAGUGCUGCAUCGACCUACGGGGGGCGCAUAUCGAGUGGACGCGAGACAAGUCCAGCAAGAAAAAUGUGUGCCAGCUCACAGUGUCUGGAGCCAACGAAUUCCUCCUCCAGUCCGACAACGACCACACGAUGCAGGAGUGGUACCAGUCCAUCCGAUCCCUGAUCGCCAGGCUGGACAGAGACACGCCGGUGCCAACCCCUGAAGAGCAGCGGAGGGGAAUCCCGAAGCCGGGUGCGGCGCCGGCAUCGUCCUCUGCCCCCGGAGCGAGCACGCCCGACGAUGGAGACGUCAGCGGAGACGACGAGCCGUACGAACCGAGCUUGAGAGACAAGAAGGAUCAGCGAGACUCCCGCAAGGGCCAUGCCAAUGAGAUCUCUGAUAAGAAGAGGAGCCGCUUAAGGAAGUUAAUCACCCGGCGACCCACUCUGCAGACACUCAAAGACAAAGGCUACAUUAAAGAGCAAGUGUUUGGCUGUCCCCUGGCGUGUUUGUGCGAACGGGAAAACUCCAUGGUGCCGUUAUUCGUGAGGAUGUGCAUCGAGGCCAUUGAGAGACGAGGGUUGGAGAUUGACGGUGUGUACAGAGUGAGUGGGAACCAGGCCACGAUACAGAAACUGCGUAUCAUGGUGGAUCAUGACGAGCACGUGGACCUGGAUGACAGCCAAUGGGAGGACAUCAACGUUAUCACGGGUGCUCUCAAGCUCUUCUUCCGCGAACUUCCCGAGCCACUCGUCCCCUACAUUUUCUUCGAACAGUUCAUCGCCGCCAUAAAAAUUUUCGAAUAUCAUAACCGGGUGAAAUGCAUGAAGGAUCUCAUCAAUAUUCUUCCAUUGCCAAACCAUAACACCAUGAAGUUUCUCAUCAGGCACCUAAAGACGGUGGUGGCGCACGGGGAGAAGAACCGCAUGAGCAUGCAGAACAUGGCCAUCGUGUUCGCGCCUACGCUGCUGCGACCCGAGGUGGACCCGGGGAACAUGGCUGUGCACAUGGUCUACCAGAACCAGAUCGUGGAUCUCAUCCUCGGGGAGUGCGACAACAUCUUCGGGACGGACUGAGUGCGAGCCGGCUCGCAAACCCCUCUGGGCCGCCGACGACUGCGCGUGGGACGAGAGAGAGAAGCGUCUUAAGCGAGCGCCAGCCUUGCUAUAAACAAACAGAAUGCGUCGAUUCAUGAAACAUUGGCACGUAAACGGUUUUUUUUUUAAAUUAAUGCCUGCGCUGCCUGUGUUAAAAACAAAUGCAGAAGAUUUGAGGAUUUAAGGUUAAGGGUUUGCUUUUUUAGGGAGCUUCAGCGCCUAGGCAGGCAACUCAAAAGAGACUUGCAUCGCAUUUCAUCUCAAACAUUUCGCAAUGCCCUGCUGCAACCUCGGCAAGGGAAGCCCCCAGUGGUAGCUUGUACCUGUACGGUACUCUGUGUAUGCGGCACCGGCCUGCAAUCCGCAUUUACAGAUGCAUCCUUGUUUUUUUCACGUGUGUGUACUAUAGUAGAGACCGAGUUGCAUUGGCGGAGAGCAAUGCUAAUCGACGUUGAUCAGCCCGGUGUACAGAAAUUGCCACGUUGUACGCAUGAAUCACACCAGGGAUAAGGAAAAGCAUGCAAGCUGAUGAGUUUGUAUAUAUUACUGAAAUCUUCCAGUGUUCUAGAAGAGUGCCAGCAUUCAUCCAGUCACAGCAUUUCUGGUGUGUGCGUGUGUCCGUCGGUUUUGUCUUGCUGUACGAUAGUUGCAUUUCUAUACAGAAGUCUGCAUGUUGCACAUUUUGCAGAUAUGCCUGUGACCAAAUUCCCCGGAAUGUGUGCCUGAUCUUGUCAGGUCUAUGGUAAGCUGAGCAAAGCUUGAGUUUGGGAUAAUGCUGGGACAAAGUGACCAUCAAACAUGAACCAUGCGUUGUAGGACGCUGUAGGGCUAGGUUGUGAGCAGAGGGCAGUGCAGCAAUAUGCACUGCUGUACUGCAUUACUGCGCUGCAACGUUUUAUGCUUUCACAAUCCAUACCCCGAGUGGUGAAGUAUGGUCAAUUAACCCCCUCCAUAGCGGUGGGAUUGACAAAAAGGCUGUACAUGUGCAUUAACUAUGCUUAAGGCAAUUAGCCUGGGUGGUGUAAUUUUAAUGGUGAGAAUUGUAAGUUCGAGUCCAGGUGGGGGGGGGGAGCGGGGUGGGGGUAUGGAUAAAAUGGUUACCACUGUGGCAAAUCGGCAGUGCAUGCAAAGAUGUAUUUAUUAUUACACUCAAAUACAAUCAUCGAAUUGCGGAUGGUAAAAAUUGUUUAUAAUGUAUGAAAACUAUAUGCUAACUUUAGACUUAAACCUGAUGAGAAUGUACAAACGAGACUUGGUAAUGCAUAGAUGGUCAAAAAAAGACCGAAACAAUUGAUUUUCCAAAUGAAAUCGCGAUCCUGAAUUGUGGGAAACAUUGAAUCAAGUUUGGGGGACGAUUCAUUACAGGCCUAGUGUGUUUGUUUUUAUUAUACCUCCCAGAGAAAUGUUAAACCUGCCAUAGAAUAUAGCCGAUAAAACAGAAAUAUGGCAGGUAUAGAAAUAUGGAAUUCUCACCACUGGCUGAUGGUUGUCAACAGGAAAUGAGUGUUUACUCUUUGCUCGUUUGAGUAGAAAACGACAGACAAUUUGUGCUAGGUAGGUUUUUAUCCUUUGCUAAGAAGAUUCAAAGGUUCGAUUAAAAACAUUUUCUCAAUAAGAUGUAAAAUUCUUGAUGAAAACAAAGCAGGAAAAGUACCAACCUUAAAACGAUUGACUUUAUUAAACAGAUUUACAAUUCCUUUUUGGAGUUUAGCUUUUUUUAAAAGUCUUCAAAAAAGUAUAUAUAAACGUAUUGGAAUGUUUAUACAGUAUUUUGCCAUACGUGGUGUUAUCCCGCAAAUUGCAUGUAUUUAAUACUUUGACCUUUCGGUGGACUUGGAUUUGUCAGAUAGUGGUCAAUGUCACCGGUCACAGACUUCUUUUCGAUUGUAUAUUGUCAUUUGAAACUUUUUGUUGUCGCUGAAGCUUGCUGGGUUUUUAUGACCAAAUCGAUACUUUUGUAUCUCGAAGCAAAAACUUUGUACAUACUAGACACGAGCGUCAGAUGUUCAAGGACAACUUAGAUGUCCGUUUCCCUUCUAGUACUUUUGAGAUUAUUUACGUCGCGUAAGAAUUUAACGCGUCUCCGUGUUAAUAAAAGCGACGACACGUGACAACCUUUGGUGGGGAAAAACAAGCAGGUGGCGUAAAAUGCGAUGCCAUUUCCUGUGACGGUAUGCAUUCCGGGUUAUUUGGGAACAAUUAUUUUUCCCCAUCUGACAGCGAGUAUCGUCGCCCGAUUUUCGGAUUUUGUUGCAUCGAUUCAAAAAUCGGGAGGACAUUUAGCACAUACAGUGCCCCGGGUAUUUGUUGCUUAGCAUGCUUGUAAUAAUUGCUGCAGUAUUUUUCUCAAAGACAUUUCCAAGAGUUUAUUGCGACAGAUUAAAAAAUACAGUAACUGUGGAACAUUUGUGAAAGACAUUUCUUGUACAUUGUCUAUAACACUGUUUUUUUUGUUAACGUUGAAAAUGUAAAAGGUGUUCAACCAGAAUUCCUGAAAUCAUUCCUUUUUCGCUCAUAGGCAUGCGUGUGAUUUCUUGGCAUCGUUAACAUAUUUGAAAUUAGCAGUAUUUUUGCCAGUUUAUUAAAGAUGUUAACCCAGU